GAGACGUGGCAAAAUAUGCGAAAAUGCCUACAAGCUAGUUCCGUACAACUGGUACAUUCUGGAUUAAGACAGUGUUUGUAUUACGGGGAAUUGCCCGGGAUCAACGGAGACCCUACAUUCCUCUGCUUUAACGACAGGUCAUGGGUCUCUGCAAGUGUCCCAAAAGGAAGGUGACCAACCUAUUCUGUUUUGAACAUCGUGUCAACGUCUGUGAACACUGUCUUGUGUCUAAUCACAAUAAGUGUAUAGUUCAGUCAUACCUACAAUGGCUACAGGAUAGCGACUACAACCCCAACUGCUCCCUGUGCAACAAUCCACUCAACGCACAGGACACCGUGAGACUGGUUUGUUAUGAUUUGUUUCACUGGUCAUGUCUAAAUGACCUGGCGGCCCGGCUGCCUCUGUAUACGGCGCCUGCCGGCUACCAGUGCCCCUCCUGUCAAGGUCCGGUGUUCCCACCCUCUAAUCUGGCCAGUCCAAUCGCAGACACGCUGAGGGAGCAGCUCUCCUCUGUCAACUGGGCCAGAGCUGGACUGGGCCUGCCACUGAUUGAAGAGGCUCCAGAGACACAAGAGAGCGCUACACAUGAUGUUACAGACUACAAUGACUGGUCCACGUUUGACACGCCAGUAGUGGAGCCCACUAUAUCCUAUGCUGAGACAGUUUAUCCCACGCACACGUACAGUCCUGACCCAACCCCCACCCCAGUCCAGCUAGAGGAUGAAGCAGUCAGUCACAACAAUGGAAGACUUACUACAGAGGACCACUCAGUCGUUAAUAUGAUUGCUGCAACUACCAACGACUCAGUUACAAUAAGUUCAGCUUCAUCUCCGAGAAAGAUAUAUGACACAAGAGAGUCCGGAACCACUGUGACUCAGAUUGACAUUGAUGAUGAUAAGUAUCGGCGGCGCCCAACUCUGAGUUGGUUUGCGCAGAUUCUCAAGAAUCGCACAGGUGGGAAGAGGAAGGCCUUGACUCUGAAGCAGAGGAUCUUCCUGCUAUUGGUGUUGGGGGUCAUCGGAUUCUUCACCCUCAUCAUCAUCAUGGCCAAACUGGGUCGCGCCUCUGCAGAUUCAGACCCCAACCUGGAUCCCAUGUUCAACCCCAACAUUCGCGUGGGCCCCAUGUGACUCUCUCUUCUUUCAGCUCUCCUCUUCCGCUCCACUCAGCUCAGCGCAGCGGUCAGGAGUCACGCGUGGUGGACGGCCGUAGGUGUUCUUCCGAGUUCUUUCUUCAUUUUGUGGCGGGACCAGCUGAGCAGUACCCUCUGUCCCUGGACUGUACGUGGGGAAUAUAGAGCCCGGCCAGGACACGGUGAGAGCACAGCACUGCCUCCACAGACUUUGCAGACAUAUAUUUAUCGAUGUGUGUACCAAUAUUUUCUGCACCUUUUCAUGUUUUGCAACAACUUAACGUCUCCACACUACCCCUUAUUGGAUUAUGUGUGCUGUACACACGGAGAUUUAAUUUACAGAAGAUGAUUGGUUUAGCAAUGUCUUUUCUGGUCAAUAUAGUUUAAUAUAUCAUAUAUUUUUCACAUGCAGUACUUGUAGACCCCCCCCUUUUAGACCCUGACUGUGCUGUACAGCACUCUAUUUUAUGCCUGUUGAGGUUUGGGUUGCCUUCAGUGUGUUUUUUUUUUUUCUUUCUUUUUUUUUUCCUUGCUUCUUACUUAGAUUCAAUUCUUGGAAAUAUAAGACAAUAUUUUCCCCAGCUGACUCAUCACAUGGGAAAAUACAUGUAAUAUUUACACAGCAGUAUCCAUUGCUAAAUUUCAUUUCCUGUACACUGACCACAAUUAACCAAGAGCUUUGGUUUUAUGCCCAGUAUAAAUGGUAUUUGAUAUGAUGUAUAACUUAUUUCAGAGUAUAUGCAACAAACACAAUCUUGUUUUGUGUAACCAUACACAAGGACAUUAAAAUGAGACUGAAUGGCUUUUAUUUGUGCUUGCCCCAAUGAGUAUAAAAGGCCAUACAUUAGAUCUUCCUCAGUGAUUUAAUUUAACUUAUGUUUUAUUUUUAAUUUGCUUAUGGAAAGAAAACUGGAAAUACACUUUAUAGAGCUGUAACACUAUCUUCGUUUUUCUUUUUUUGAUAGUUGGACAUUGAAAAUGUAUAAACGGUUAUUAAUUUGUUCCAGCAGAUUGACCCUUCAUACAUUCAACAAAUUAAAUUGUAAAAGAAAACCAACAAAAAUAUUUUGCUGUUGUUGCAAAAUGUUUCUUAUAGAGGAACAACUCAUCUGUACAGUGACAACAUUUGUAAAGCAGCUGAGCCUCAGCUUACUGACUGCUUUAUUUACAUUUCUGACUAUUAAAUAAUGACCUU